CACAUAUAUAUAUAUAUGUGUAUAGAACCUGGCCCCAACCAACGCCGCUAUCUCUACUCUCUUUCAACCACACCAAAAGAAAUAAUAAGAAAAGGAAAAGAAAAAGGACAGCAAUAGCUGAAGAACCUCUGUCUCUCUCUCUCUCUUUCCCGCGCUGCUCUUAUUUAAGGCUCUGCCUCUGAGCACUUUAUCUCAAAAAGGAUAGGCCUUUCACCUCAAAUCAGGUGAAGAAAAACUUGACAAUGGACAAGAAAGUUUUGGUCCAUUUAAUUUGUGGGCUUGUUCUAGCUGUUUUGAGUAGUGUUUCUGUGGUGAAAGCAGAUGACCCUUAUAAGUAUUACACUUGGACUGUGACUUAUGGGACUAUAUCUCCACUGGGUGUUCCCCAACAGGUUAUCCUUAUCAAUGGUCAAUUUCCUGGUCCAAGUCUAGAAGUGGUGACCAAUGACAACAUAAUCCUCAAUCUCAUUAACAAGCUUGACCAACCUUUUCUCUUAACCUGGAAUGGGAUUAAGCAGAGGAAGAACUCAUGGCAAGAUGGGGUUUUUGGAACCAACUGCCCCAUUCCCCCAAACACGAACUUUACCUAUAAGCUUCAAUCCAAAGAUCAAAUAGGUACCUUCACAUAUUUCCCAUCACUACAAUUUCACAAAGCUGCUGGAGGGUUUGGAGCUUUGAACAUAUACCAGAGACCUCGGAUUCCAAUUCCUUAUCCUUACCCAGAUGGAGAUUUCACAUUGCUUAUUGGUGAUUGGUACAAGACUAACCACAAGACAUUACAAGCAUCUUUGGACUCAGGAAAAACUCUUCCCUUUCCUGAUGGUAUCCUCAUAAAUGGUCAGCCUACAACUUCCUUCACUGGUGAUCAAGGCAAAACAUACAAGUUCAGAGUCUCAAAUGUGGGAUUGUCUACUUCAUUCAACUUUAGGAUUCAAGGACAUAAGAUGAAGUUAAUCGAGGUUGAAGGAUCGCAUACUAUGCAGAAUGAAUAUGACUCUCUUGAUGUACAUGUUGGCCAAUCAGUAGCAGUCCUAGUAACCUUAAACCAGCCCCCAAAGGACUACUACAUUGUUGCUUCCACAAGGUUUACCAAGACUGUUCUUACAUCCACUUCAGUGCUGCAUUACUCAAACUCGCAUACCCCAGUUGCUGGACCCUUGCCUGCUGGUCCUACUUACCAAAUUCACUGGUCUAUGUUGCAAGCCAGAACCUAUAGGUGGAAUUUGACAGCCAAUGCUGCCAGGCCAAACCCUCAGGGAUCAUACCAUUAUGGAAGAGUGCCAAUAACAAAGACAAUUGUAUUGGCAAACUCAGCGCCUUUGGUUAAUGGAAAGCAACGUUUUGCAGUCAAUAGGGUGUCCUAUGUCAACCCUGACACCCCUCUAAAGCUUGCUGAUCACUUCAACAUCCCAGGAGUCUUCAGUGUUGAUUCAAUCCAAAUACUCCCCUCUGAGGGUCCUGCAUCUGUAGCUUCUUCUGUUGUACCGCUUUCGCUUCAUGAUUUCAUUGAAGUUGUUUUCCAAAACAAUGAGAACACUAUGCAGUCUUGGCAUCUUGAUGGAUAUGAUUUCUGGGUUGUGGGUUAUGGCUCUGGACAAUGGACAGAUGCAAAGAGAAAGACCUACAAUCUUGUGGAUGCUCUUACAAGACAUACUGCUCAAGUGUAUCCAAAGUCAUGGACUUCAAUAUUUGUGUCACUAGACAACCAAGGGAUGUGGAAUCUGAGGUCUGCCAUCUGGGAAAGGCAGUAUUUGGGACAGCAACUGUAUAUGAGGGUGUGGAACUCAGUUCAUAGUCUUGCCAAUGAAUAUGACAUUCCCUCUAAUGUUCUACUAUGUGGCAAAGCUGUUGGGAGCCACCCUUAAUUAUUUGGAUACUCACUGUCUGUUUGUAUUAAAGUAUGUUUUCUAAAGUCAUAAGAGUUUGACUGUAAAGAAUGAAAACUAAAAUGAGAGAAGAAAAGUGAAAGAAAAAGUAAGAUUCGUUAUUAGAAGAUUGGUUUCUUUAUUUGUAUACCUAUUUUGGGUAGAUGAAAUUAAUAUAUAUUAUUAAAAAUUA